CUCCAAACGAGGUUUUGUUUUAUUCAGUUUUUUGUCUUUUGACCGUUUCGUUUUUUUGCUACGCAUGCGAUUUUAUUACUUGCAAGCAGCAUCAGCACAGCACAACACAAUCUUUUUAUUUGAUUUUUCUACUCUAUGAUCCAACACGUUUUUGUUAGCAAAGAUGACGACAGUUCUCGUUUUUGUCACUCGUACUAAUUUGUGAACAGAAAAGGAGCCGAGAAUUCUAUUGCAAGUGCAAUGCACGGGUUGGGUGCUUUUUACUAGAGUAUAUAAAAUAUCCUUUUGAACAAACGCCUCCCUACUUGUCCCCCGUCAUCUUUCAUUUUCCCGUAUCUUUCCUCUGGUUCACGACAAGCCCUUUUUGUCUCGCAACCUCGCACUUUUGGGCCUUUCACGAUCGAUCAUUUUUUGUUUGGUUGACUCGGAUAAACAACACUUGUUCGAGAGGCAAAUGCAACAUUUGUGAGAUACGAUUAUUUGUGUUGACUGAGCACGCGUGACGAUAAGGGGAUUUUGUCACAUUGCGGGAUCAAAACGAACGAGACCUUUUUGCCCGUGUUGCCUUGUUUGCCAUCUUGUGUGUGUGUGUGUGUGUGUGUGUGUUUUUGGACACGGGUUGUUGAAGGCACGGGGAAUUUCCAUUGUUUACUGAAGUUCAUCCAUAUAUCCGAACUUUUAAAGUCCAUAUAUUGUCAAGACGUUUUCACGGCGCCCCAAACCACCUUUUUACUUUCGUCAUGCCGCCGUACAUUACUACACCACUAUCGCCAAGCCUGUCUCCAUCCUCCCCACCACUCUCACCUUUCUCGUAUCCCCGCCGCAUCGUUACCCACCAACAAGUCAUUUUCCGAUGGCAUCAUUCCUCCGCCAAAACAGUGUUUCUGACUGGCGAAUUUGACGGCUGGGCCGUCUCUAUCCCAUUACCACGAGAUCCAGCGUGCUACGACGAAUUCGCCAUCACACUAUCUCUUGACCGGACCCGGUCAUGGGCAUUCAAGUUUGUCGUUGACGGGGAAUGGAGAUGCUCGGCCGCGUUUCCAACAGUAUAUGAUGAACAAGGAAACGUCAAUAAUUGUUUAGAGGCUUUGACAAUGGACAAGUUGGCGGAAAUGACACUUGAAGCUUUUGGAAGGAGGAGGUCAAUGUCUUGGCCGUCGUCAGGGGGCAGCGACGAUGAGGUUUGGGUUCCGCCAAAGUUGGCAUUUUCGGCUUGAAUGUUACGGACAAUGCUGCCAUAGCGAAAAGAAAAAAAAAAAUAAAGAUGGAAGUAUUAGAGAGAAGGAGGGGGGGGGGAUUGUAUGAUAUUCAUUUAGGGAGACAUGAUGAUUGUACAUAUCGCUUAAGGUUUUCAUUAGAAUUGCGGGUUCAUGCCUUACGUUACCCUACAUUUGGCAUACGUUGCCGUUCUUCCAACGUCUGAUAUCUAAGUACACACAUGCAACGCAAUAUGGGUGUCCGCUAUGACUGCCAACCCAAGCCGUGUCUCCCGCAAGUGAAGUAGGUUCGUCAUUAAGAAGGAUUAGGUUUUAGCUUCAACAAUGGGGCAAUGCUUACGC